AAAAUCAGUAACCCACAAAAUUUUAGUCGUUUUAGCCCCUCACCACGAAUCUUCUUUCUGACUGUCAUGACAAAAAGAAAACUGACUUUUGGCCGUUUCCCCUGUUUACUGCUAUGGAAAGACAGAAGUCGAAGCUUGCAAAGAAUAAGAACAUCUCUGAUGACGUAAGAACAAGCGGAGAAGCUUCAAUUCCGCUUAAUCUCAUCCCUGAGAUACUCAAAGAUGUGCCUGUUAAAACCCUAGAAAGAUUCCUUUGCGUAUCUAAGCCCUGGGGAUCCAUCAUUCGCAACGGAGAUUUUGUGAAAUCGUACUUGAUCAAGUCGUCAACUCGUCCUCAAAGUCUCAUCUUCACAUUCAAGAGCAGGCGUCACAGUAAACGCUUCUUCUUCUCGUGGAGUCAAGGCCAAGAUGGAGAUGAAUCAUUAUCUUGUGACCAAGUUACCAUUUGAAAUACAUUCUCAAGCCUACACAGCCAUCACUCCACCUGUCCACGGUUUGAUUUGCUAUGGACCUCCUUCUAAGCUUAUGGUGUACAACCCUAGCACUAGACGGUCCAUUUAUUUGCCUAAUGCUGAUGCUCACAGGAUACGUAUGUACCACUACUUGGGUUAUGAUCCCAUCGAUGGUGACAACAAAAUGUUGUGUACGAGUAGAGGCAAGCAUGUUGAGAAUAUCUUGUUUCUCUAAGAGUGCUCCGGACAAUC